AUGCCCACUUUCAAGCGAGUGGUGCUUCUGGGCAUCGGACGGCCGGCAGAUCACAUGUCCAAGGAUGGGGAGAAGGAGAGCCCACCAAACUUCGAGAGGUGUCUGCCAGAAGGGCAGAGGUUCAGACUGAUGCAGAACAAGGUUCGCAACCAGCUCUCCUUGAUCUUCAAGGCACCCCAGCUGCGGCGGUUGGAGAGAGCCAUCCGCUGCAGAAAUCGACCUGCCACACAGUCACUUCUCGAAGAACUUUCUGGAGUUCCGGAGGGCUUGAAGGCUGCCGCGCAGAAGCUCCUAGCUGGCUUCCGCCCAGAUCCCGAGCUCCCCCCCAAGCAGGCCAGCGCUGAGCCCAAAGCACAUACAGUCCCCCCGCCAAAGGCAGUGCCACCGGGGCUCAGGGUGGGAGCACCGCCGGAGACUGGAGAGGAUGCACAGCCAUUGCCAGUCAAGGCCAAGGCCCUGCCCCUCCAGCCCAAGUUCAAGGCCAAAGGCCCUGCACCGGUGAAGCCGGGCCAGGAGCCAGCUGCAGCCGUGGAUGCGGCGUCGCCCUCUGCGGUAGCGUCCCCCAUAGAGCAGCCCGCAACAAAGGUCCCACCCGUUCUGGAUGACUUUGCCGCUGCCAAUGCAACGCUCCCCGCGACGGACGAGGCAGCACCGUGGAAGAAACGAAGAAGAGGCGACCGACCCACAGCGGGGGCUCCAGGUCCAGCCGAGCCAAUAGCUGCAGAGGUGCGAAGCGCCCCCAAGAGUGCCAAGGACCUUUCCAAGAAGGUGCUACUGUCCAACGUGCCAACUUCUGCCAGCAGCAAGGAGCUCUUGGAGUUUUUUCACGGGGCGGUAUGCUCGGCCACCGGGCACAUGCUUCCGCCCGAGGUGACCGCCGAGAAGCUGAAGGUAGUGGAGGGUGUGGAGAUCCACCGCGGCGGGCACGCCGAGGUUGUCUUCGCCACAGCACCGAGCGCGUCGAUCGCCACGUUGCUCAAUGGCAUCCAGUUCCAGAACAAAGGCCUUUCCAUUCGGCGACCACCGGGCUUCUCUGCACCUCCGGUGAACCGGUCCAAGCUUCUAGCCUCGACAUUGGAGGACCUUGUCUCCGGCGAGCUGCCGAAGGAACUCCUUGAGCCGGAUCCACCAGCGCGGCCCCCGGCCGCUGCGGCCCCGAAGGCCCGGCCAGCCACUGUCCAACUGUCGGGCAUCCCGCCCUCGAUGAACGGCACGAGCGUCUUUGACCUGCUGACGCAGUUUGGCGGCCCGGUGAAGAGCUUACAUCUGAGCCAUGACAGGUCGACAGGUGAGCACUCAGGAGCUGGCACGGCUGAGUUUGUGGACUACGACUCCGCGGUUGAGGCGUGUCGCUUCUCCCCGCUUCUGGGCUUCAUUGAGCUGACCCUCGAGGAGCCCGCUCCCGAGCACGACGCGGGUAUGGCCGCUGACAGCGAGGUGAGUCAUCGCAGAUCGCGUUGGUCAGAGGAUGCGGACGAUGAUCUUGGGCCCUUUAAUGCCAUUCUGCCGCCGAAGCAGCCGGCCGAAGCGGCAGAUGACGACGAGGACCUCGGACCCUUCAACGCCGUCCUGCCCAAGCGCGUCGCCCCGCCAGAGGAUGACGACCUGGACCUCGGCCCCUUCAAUGAAAUCUUGCCGCCGAAGGCGGCACCCGCACACGAGGAGCCGGAGGCCGAAGACGACGAUGAUCUUGGCCCCUUCAACGCCAUUCUGGGUCGCUUCUGA